AUGUCGCUCAGCCAGCCUCACAAGAAAGGUCUCGGUGACCUACCCUACGAGUUAGAGCGGGAGAUUUUCGAGCUAACAGCCCGUGCAUUUCCGGAAUUCGCUCCUCAGUUAACUCUGGUAUGCAAAUACGUCCAGGCUUGGGUUGAAGCGGUCAUAUACGAGACCAUAGUGCUCAGUUUUAAACACGACCGUUUCCUAGACACAUUUUCUGCGCGGCCGCCAUCAUUCUUUGCUAGAACGACUCGACAUCUCCAUAUCGCCACCGGCAUAUCGCACAGCCAAGCCCGCAAGCUGCUUGAAACCUGCACCUCUCUGACUUCCCUCACUUGCUGGUCAUCGCUGCUCACUAGCAUAGACGAGCUUUCCGCCCUCUUAAGCUCGUUUCCCUAUCUCCGUCGUCUUUCAAUCGACGCUUCCUUCCUAUGGAACCCUGUCUAUCCCCCUGCCAUCGACCACCCGCUCUUUUCGAAACUUACGCAUCUCGAAGUAGUCAAUCCGCCGUGGUGGUUCGACUGGACCCCUCUUCUCGCACUCCCCCCUUUAACACACCUAGCUUUUGGCGACCUCGACGCCGCACACGCCGCAGAGCCGUGCAACAUCCUCGAGUUCUUUGCCAGGGCCCUCGAAAGCGAGGUGCCCCAACUCGAAAUGCUCAUCGCUGUCUCCGCAAACGAGCAGUUUUUGCGCGAGGUUGAGGAUGCCCGUUUGGGGCAGAAUCUUAAAAAAAGCGGAUCUGAGGGGAAGAAGGACGAGCGGUUUGUCUGCCUCUCGUCGUACCACUCCCCACUCUCUCCCUUAGAGUUUUGGAAGGGCGUUUCGCGCCUGGAAGUGGACUUCUGGUCCCAAAAAAGGAGCGAGUGGGAGCCAAAGCAGAUGAUUCAGUAUAUGAUGAUUAUUGAGACGAUGCAGGGUUAG